CCGCGCGCAGUCACUCCGCGAACAAUGCUCCGAGGCGCCCGGGCGGGCGGCGGACCGCUGGGCCACCGACGGCGAGGCCCGGGCAGCGCAGCCCCGAGGAGGCCUGUCUGGGACCCACCCCUGCCUCCCACAAGACCAUACCCGAGAGCCGGGCUCAAGAUGAACCAGCACACUCUUAGCUCACGAUGCUCCAGGCCACCCAACUGAACUGUGAGAGCCCAAAAAUGUCUGCGUGCAGUGACUUUGUGGAGCACAUCUGGAAGCCCGGGUCCUGCAAGAACUGCUUCUGUCUGCGGAGUGACCACCAGCUGGCAGCUGGCCGUCCCCAGCCCAGAACAAGCAGCCUGCCCCCUCCACCUCGCCUGCCCCCCAAGAGUGUGGAAGAUGAAAGUGUGAAUGGCUCACCCUAUUGCAAGCCCACAAUCGCUGUGAAACCCACCAUGAUGAGCUCCGAGGCCUCGGAUGUGUGGACAGAGGCCAGCCUGAGUACUGAAGUCCCACAGGUUAUCUGGAGACGAGCCCAUGGCAAACUACCCCUCCCAAAGCAGGAAGACGUGCCCAUAGUCUACCUGGGCAGCUUCCGUGGCGUCCAGAAGCCUGCUAGCCCCUCUGCCUGUAAGGAUGGCAGCUCUCACUGUCCGCCUGCCUAUGCCAUGGUUGGUCUGCACAGCCUGCAGGCGCAGGGGGAAAGGAACAUGGCCUUCCACCCCGUGGGUUUCCCAGAUGAGAAGGCUGGGCAGGAAGGGAAGCCCACAUUUCCCUGCCAAGAGCUGCCCUCUGCGCAGGAGAGCUUCCGCCAGAAACUGGCUGCCUUUGCUGGGAUGACAUCUGGCUGUCACAAAGGCCCCAGGCCCUGCCCUUCUCCACAGCCCUUGCAGGAGUCCCUGCCCUCAGAAGACGAAAGUGAUCAAAGGUGUUCCCCGUCUGGAGACAGCGAAGGUGGUGAAUACUGCUCCAUCCUGGACUGCUGCCCCAGGAGCUCGGCUGCCAAGGAUACCGCACACUCGGAGAGCUCCCAGGGCAGAUGUGGAAGGGGCAGCUCCUCCCCGAUGUGCUGGGAGCAGGGAUCAUGUGCUCGGCCCCCAGAGGAGGAGAAGCAGAGUCCGAGCUUCCCCAGGGAGUGCUGUGGCCAGGGCCCCUCAGCACACCCCCCCCACCUGGGGCCCAAGAAGCCAUCCCUCAACUCUGAGGCUGCCAGUUCUUCAGACGGCCUGUCUUGUGGCAGUGGCAGUAGUGGGGCCAGCAGCCCCUUCACCCCCCAUCUUGAGAGUGAUUACUGCUCCCUCAUGAAGGAAGCUGUGCCGCCAGGGAAGCAGCAGGACUCUGCCUGCCGUGUGAUCACCUCUAGCAGGUGCACGGAGUCCCAGCCCCCGGCACACCCCAGGGAGGCUGCACAGCCGGAACCCAUCUAUGCCGAGAGCACCAAGAGAAAGAAGGCAGUUCCAGUGCCUUCCAGGCCACAGGCCAAGGCAGAGCAGGCAGCUGCUGCUCAGGGCCAGGUACGGACAGGUGAUGCCAGGGCUCAGAAAACCCCCUGUGUCUGGAGCCGGGACAGAGAAGGCUCGGAUAUGGCUCCCCAGGUGUCGGCCACCAUCACAGUCAUGGCCACCCACCCAGAAGAGGACCACCGGACCAUCUACCUGAGCAGCCCAGACUCUGCAGUGGGUGUGCAGUGGCCGCGGGGGCCUGUGGGCCAGGACUUGGAGGCCGGCAAGGAGGAGCCUGUGGCUGGACAGGGGCCCAGCUCCAAGGAAAGCCAUCCUCCUGACAGGUCUGAAAACACGCCCCAGGGGAGGCCCGCCAUCCCCCCCAAGCUGUCCAAGAGCAGCCCUAGUGGGUCCCCGGCAUCGCCAUCUGCUUCCUCACUGGCUGACCCCAACGAGGGGAGCUCAGGCAGCAGCAAACCCCAGUCUUCAUCCAGAGAUUUGGCUGACCCCACUUCUUCCUGCCGGACCAGUGACCUUGCCAGGGGCCCUCCUCCUGCUGCCUCCACCUCAGCCUCAGACCAGAGGUGGCCCAGGUACCAGACCAGUGCCUGGAGUCGCCAGUGCCGCAUCGAGGAGGAGGAGGAAGUGGAGCAGGAACUGUUGAGUCAGAGCUGGGGAAGAGAGAUGGAUAAUGGCACUGUGGACCAUUCAAACUCUUCUACCUGGCACCGUCUCCACCCCACCGACGGCUCCUCUGGGCAGAACAGCAAAGUCGGGACUGGGAUGAGCAAGUCUGCCUCCUUUGCCUUUGAGUUCCCCAAGGACAGAAGCAGGAUGGAGGCUUUCUCACCUCCUCCCCCACCUCCAAAGUCCAGGCACCUUUUAAAAAUGAACAAGAGCAGCUCUGAUUUGGAAAAAGUGAGCCAGGGCUCUGCAGAGAGCCUCAGCCCAUCCUUCCGGGGCGUCCACAUCAGCUUCGCCACCAGCUCCACAGACAGCCUGGCUUCAGACUCCAGGACCUGCAGUGAUGGAGGGCCAUCUUCUGAGCCAGCACACUCGCCCACCAUCAGCGGGAAGAAGCUCUUUGCUCCGGUCCCGUUCCCAUUGGGCUCCACUGAGAAUGUGUCCCCCAGUGGCUCUGUGCAGCCCCCUCCCCUUCCCCAGAAGAAGAUAGUGAGCCGAGCGGCCUCCUCUCCCGAUGGUGUCUUCUGGACCCAAGGCUCCCCUAAGCCACGAACAGCAAGCCCAAAGCUGAACCUAAGCCACUCGGAAACCAACGUAUCUGCCCAGGAUGAGUCUCACUUUGGUUAUUCCCUGAGCCCAGGGAGCCGCCACCCUAUCUUCUCCUCUUCUGAGCCUCUGGAGAAAGCUUUCAAAGGCAGCAGUCCCUGGGUCCCAGCUCCGGGGCUGGCGGGCAGCAAAAGCAGCUGUGGGAGCCCCAGCCUGCAGUGCAGAGCAGCUCCCUCCACCUCAUCCUCACAGCUGAGUGUGUCCAGCCAGGCCUCCUCCAGUAGCACUCAGCUGCAGCUGCACAGCCUCCUGAGCAGCAUCAGCAGCAAGGAAGGCACCUACGCCAAGCUAGGCGGGCUCUACACACAGUCCCUGGCCCGCCUUGUGGCCAAGUGUGAGGACCUCUUCAUGGGUGGCCAGAAGAAGGAGCUCCACUUCAAUGAGAAUAACUGGUCGCUCUUCAAACUGACUUGUAACAAGCCCUGCUGUGACUCGGGAGAUGCCAUUUAUUACUGUGCCACCUGCUCCGAAGACCCAGGCAGCACCUAUGCUGUGAAAAUCUGCAAAACCCCUGAGCCCAAAACAACGUCAUACAGUAGCCCCUCUGUGCCGGUUCACUUCAACAUCCAGCAGGACUGUGGCCACUUUGUUGCCUCUGUGCCCUCCAGCAUGCUUACCUCCUCUGACACGACCAAGGACCAUCUGCCUGCUGCAGUCUCACAGCCCCCUGCCCAGGAACAGGACUGCGUGGUGGUCAUCACCCGAGAGGUGCCCUACCAGACGGCCUCGGACUUCGUGCGAGACUCAGCCACCAGCCAUCAGGCUGAGCCUGAGGUGUACGAGCGGCGUGUGUGCUUCCUCCUUCUGCAGCUCUGCAAUGGGCUGGAGCACCUGAAAGAGCACGGUAUCAUCCACAGGGACCUGUGCCUGGAGAACCUGCUGCUGGUGCACUGUAGCCCCCAGGCCUGCCCAGGGCCCUCCUCUGCCGCCUCCACGCUGUCCACUGCCACCUCUGCUUGCUCCCCUGCUGUCCCCCCUUCCACCGUUGCUCCCAACCCCCUUGCUGCCUCCACUUGUCAGGUAGUGCCCAGUGAGAAGCACCUGCCCCGGCUCAUCAUCAGCAAUUUCCUGAAGGCCAAGCAGAAGCCAGGAGGCACCGCCAACCUGCAAAAGAAGAAGAGCCAGGCCCGGCUGGCCCCUGAGAUUGUGUCUGCCUCGCAGUACCGCAAAUUUGAUGAGUUCCAGACCGGCAUCCUCAUUUACGAGCUGCUCCACCAGCCCAACCCAUUUGAGGUGCGGGCCCAGCUGCGGGAGCAGGACUACCGGCGGGAAGACCUGCCCCCACUGCCCGCCCUGUCCCUCUACUCGCCCGGCCUGCAGCAGCUCGCUCACCUGCUGCUAGAGGCUGACCCCAUCAAGCGCAUCCGCAUAGGGGAGGCCAAGCAUGUGCUGCAGUGCUUGCUGUGGGGCCCCCGGCGCGAGCUGGUGGAGCAGCCAGGCUCCUCGGAGGAGGUGCUGUGCAGCACGCUACACAACUGGAUUGACAUGAAGCGGGCCCUGAUGAUGAUGAAGUUUGCAGAGAAGGCGGUGGACCGCAGGCGGGGUGUGGAGUUGGAGGACUGGCUUUGCUGCCAGUACUUGGCAGCUGCAGAACCCGCAGCCCUCUUGCAGUCACUGAAGCUCCUGCAGCUUCUGUGAGCAAAGCCCUUCCCUGCACUGUGCUGCCCGCUUGCACCCAGCCCAGGCCUUUGCCUUGCUAGGGAAAUGGUACAAAUGACUGUCACUCUUGGAUGUAAUAUAUAUAAAAUAUAUAUAAUAUAUAAAUAUGAAAGGCUGAGGAUGUCAUUGCCUGCUCUGGUCACCUCUCCUCACCAGCUCCUCUCCCCACAGUUUUCUCUUGUAAUUAUGUACAUUUCUAGCUCUGUGCAAGCUCUUAAGUACUGUUCUGCCAACAGAAUGGAGCCUGGCAUCCAGCCUCAGCACCCCGCUGUGGAAUCUAUUUGCCCUCUUGCCAAAUUGUUAUUUAAAAAACAACAAUAAAAAAAAAACUAUCAGUUAAAAAA